AGCUGAUCUGCCCGGGCUCCCGGCCGCUGGGAACCAAUCAGGGCGCCGGGGGCGGCCCCGGGCCGCAGAUAAAGGGUGUGGGACAGCUGCCACUCUGCAGAGUCGAGGAUGGGAGAAGAGUAAGGCUUUUGAACGGCAUAUCGGCCUCCUCUCCUCACCUCGCUCUCGCGAUCUGCCCGCCCGCCAGUCUGCUCACCGCCCAGAACAUCUUCCACCAUGGCCACCUCAGCAAGUUCCCACUUAAACAAAGGCAUCAAGCAGGUGUAUAUGGCCCUGCCUCAGGGCGAGAAAGUCCAAGCCAUGUAUAUCUGGAUCGAUGGUACUGGAGAAGGUCUACGCUGCAAGACCCGCACCCUGGACUGUGAGCCCAAGUGUGUAGAAGAGUUACCUGAGUGGAAUUUUGAUGGCUCUAGUACUUUACAGUCUGAAGGCUCCAACAGUGACAUGUAUCUCGUGCCUGCCGCCAUGUUCCGGGACCCCUUCCGCAAGGACCCCAACAAGCUGGUGUUCUGUGAAGUUUUCAAGUAUAAUCGAAAGCCUGCGGAGACCAAUUUGAGGCACACCUGUAAGCGGAUAAUGGACAUGGUGAGCACCCAGCACCCCUGGUUUGGAAUGGAGCAGGAAUACACACUGAUGUAUAUUGAGGAGGCCAUUGAGAAACUAAGCAAGCGGCACCAGUACCACAUUCGCGCCUACGAUCCCAAGGGGGGCCUGGACAAUGCCCGGCGCCCAACUGGAUUCCACGAAACCUCCAACAUCAACGACUUUUCCGCUGGUGUAGCCAACCGUAGUGCCAGCAUCCGCAUUCCCCGGACUGUUGGCCAGGAGAAGAAGGGCUACUUUGAAGACCGUCGUCCCUCUGCCAACUGUGACCCCUUCUCGGUGACGGAAGCCCUCAUCCGCACGUGUCUUCUCAAUGAAACUGGCGACGAGCCCUUCCAGUACAAAAACUAAAUGGACUAGACUUCCAGCUAUUGAGCCCCUUCUGGUUCUUCAUCCCACUCCAAAUCCCCCCCGCCCCCAAUUGUCCCAAUUGUAACUCAAAAGGGUGGAAUAUCAAGGUCUUUUUUUUAUUCCUCAUGCCCAGUUAAUCUUGUUUUCUUUGGCCAAGAUGGAGGGGUCAAGUUCUUAAUCUCUUUGCACCCACCCUCUUUUUUUCUCUCCUAUCACUGAAGCUUUCUAGUGCGCUAGUGGGCAGGGAGGGGCAUAACCACUACUUCCACUUAAUGGGGUGAGCUUGUCCAGUAGGCAUAGCUAUCCGGGCGGAGCACAUCUGCUGGAGGGAGAGGACUUUUUCUUCAGGUUAGCUGAAAAGGGAAGACCUGACUUACUCUAGGUUAGGACUUCCCUUGGUGGAAAGUUGGAAGAGAUUAUAACCAACAUUCUACUGUAAGUGGGAAUUAGAGAAAAUAGAGGUUGGAGAUCAGGGAGGGAAAUGCCCUCAUCUCAGGCCACACUUCCCUUGCUUGGGGCUAAAUGCCCUCCCCUCAGCAAAGAGCUCAGAGUAAACUGAUGGAUAUCCCUACCUUAAAAGAAGAAAAGGGUCUUAUUGCUUUGUCCUCCUUUAUAACAAAAAGCAGAGUAGUAUUUUUAUAUUUAAAUGUAAAAACAAAAAAAUUAUAUAUAUGGGUGUGGAUUGUGUUUCGAAAGGUGAAAACCAUCUGGGUCACAGGGAGCCAAAGUAAAGAAAGAGAAGUAUCUCCUUUUGAGGAGGAGGUGGGGGAAGUGGUGCUUAGAAAGUUGGUAAUUGGGGGUUAAUUCCUCAUUACCAUUUCAGGGUCUCUGCCCUGCCCACCCUCCAGAGGAAGUGGGCGCUAGUGAAUUGACAGGUGGAUGCAGGCUAACUAGCAGUCACUUGAUGGCCAUGGCUCUGUUUCACAAGAUACAUGUACUUGUCCACACACUUUUAGAAAUGAGUUGGCUGGUCAACUUGAGCAUGUUACCGACAGAGGGGAUAUACACAUAUUAGGGUUAUUUUCUGGUGGGAAUAGCAUGUCACUAAAGCAGGCCUUUUGAUAUAUUAAAAAAUUUUUAAGCGCAAAAUAGAAGUUUAGAUUUUAAUCAAAUUUGUAGGGUUUCUAAGUAAUUUUACAUAAUUGCUUAUUUGCUUCAACUGUGUCCUUUACCCUCUGCACUUGGAGGAGACAGAGACAGGGCUGGUGGCAAAAACACUUGUGAUUUUGUAUCCUGUUGUCUUCUCCCAAAAUACUCUUUUCCUGUGUUAAGGUUGCUGAGGAGUUAUCUUUUUCUUUUAUAAUAAAAAACCUACCUUGAUCCUGACAUUUCCCCUCCUGUUCUCUGGUGGUUUUUUGUUUUGGCUGCAGCAGACCAGCUGUGGUUCUCUUGCUGUGAUGAGUUCUGAUUGCCAUCUACAGUAUGUUCAGAGUUAGAUAACUCCUCACUGUAAACAAACUGUAACUGCCCAGAGCAGCUCUUAUAAAUCAGCCUAACAUUUA